UAGACUUGUGCGUGACUUAAGAGUGUUAAUCCUUCGAGAAUCUUCGUUAGCAACGUGUUGACUGGAUUAACCAGUGAGAAAGCGUUACUACUAUGUUGUAACGUGAUAGCGUAUUAAAAAACGCUGAAUAUUUACAAAUGAUGAUAGUGCUUUUGUUGUGUGUCAUCAUGAAAAUAGCAGAGUUCUCUGUUGGCCGUAUGAGCCCACCAUUCGAAACGCCUGCACGACCACCACAUCUUUACUGCGGCAAACGCAAGAGGCAAGAACGGAAAUAUUACCGACGACCUAAUGAGAAGUGCAAUUGCCUACUGUAUAAUCGUGCAGGCAAAGGGGCUGCAGUGAUGGAAGAUCCACAAACACCAGGAUCUGAUUGCAACUCCAAUCCUGCAACAGAUUCUAUCCAACAAGAUUUAAUUAGUUCUGAGUUUGUAUAUAUAUAUAUACUUAUGCAUACAUAAAAUGUUAGCUACAGAGAUGGAGGACUUCAUGUUCAUCCAAGUGUAUUGUCCUCACUCUCUGCUUCAUAUUCUCGGGAAGAUUUGGGCUACUAUGAUGAUCUUGCCCGUAACCUGGAUGCUAACUUGGCAGAAAUUGAUAUGGAGAGCUUUCGUACAGCAGACAUUCAUACUUUGCUUACAGCAUUGCCUGUUAUGUGUACAGAUCCAGUUCAGCAUUCAGAGUUUAACUAUCAAAGGGAACGAUAUGCCAGUAUAUCUGGAUCUGUUAUGGAAAAACUUGACAUCGGUUCAUCUAUCAGCCCUCAUACCAGCAGCCAGGGAGAAGAUUCAGCCUGUUCAACAACAGAUACAAUUUCUAUAUGCAAGUCAUCACUACUCUUCUCUCCUAUGAAAGAGACACCCGUACUACCACCGGGGGGUAGUUACAGCGUCGACUCUCUGGACUGUGAAGAUAUGCUGCUAACAUGCCAAACAAACAAUAAAGACAACUAUACUAUUGCUUUUGAGGGUAGUAUUACAAUGUAUUCAGAUGGUUCACAAGAUUUUGAAAAUCAAGAAAAGCAAAAUGCUUAUGAAGCAGCAGGACCAUAUUAUAAUAGAAAUGCAGACUUAAAAAAUGUAUUAGAUUUAUCAAUGGCAUGUUCUGAUUCUAAAAUAUAUACUACAUGGAGCAAUUUGAAACAUUCUUCUAUGAAUAAAAUUAUAACUCGUCAUCCAUCAGGCAAUAACAAUACAAUACCAGAAUUUUCACAUGGUGUUGAAAAUAUUAUAUCUGUAACAAAUAAGAGAAGUCAAAGUUUGCCAGAUCUUACUCAAGCUACACAAUUACAUCUUAAUAUGCCUCUUAAUUUUUCUGUCGAUUCUGCAGAAUCAAAUAAUCAUGCACAACAGUUACAAAGUUCGGGAUCUGUAAUGAGUCGAUCUAUAAACGAAGAAAGUUCUGACAAUGGGGAACAUCAUCCAACAGGAAAGAAGUUGCAAAAUUUAAGUCUUGUAAAAUUAUUUAUGAAACAAAAAAGUAUGAGUGCUGAAGGAAUGAGUCUUACUUUGGAUCAGUCAGACUCUGCUAGUGAUAAUGGAUGGCCUACAAACAAUAGUGCUAGUGACAGUGGUACUAAUACAAAUACACAAAUACAACGGCAAAAUAUAAAUAAUACCUCUAAACAGCAAGUUCCAGAAGGUGACUUUUCUAUUAAUUGGGUUAAAAGUGACGUUUAUAAUAAUCAAGAAACAGAAAAUCAGAAAGACAAUUUUAGUGAUAUUCCAAAACGCUCAUCAAGAAUAAGUGAACAGAAGGAUGAAAUGAUGUCAUCUGCAUCUGUAGAAGAAUUAUCAGAAAAUACAUCUAAAUCAGAUUUAACGCACGAUCAUGAUACCGACCAAAACGAGUUUGACAUUCUUCCUUUUGAACAUCAGCGAAAAACCGCGUGGAUUAAAUCUAUGGAAAAGAAACAUCCAAUUUGUAAAACAACUGGUAUUCAAGCAAUAGCUGAAACAGAGGACAAUUCAGUUCAGACAUCUUUAGUAUUUACAUCCUCUACAAAAGAAAAAGAAAAAGAAAAUCCUUCUUUAAAGGAAACAAUUGUUAACAAGAAGCCAGUUUAUGUUGUAUAUCCAAAUUAUGCACUACCUGAUUUAUCAUUUCUCAAUAUUAAAGAUUCAAAGUUAGAUAAUAUAGCUUUAAAGCCACAGUGCUUUGGAAAAAAUAGAGUUAAUUGGAAACAUACUGGUAGAUCUGGUAGACCAUUUUCAUGUAAUGAUAUAGAUGCAUUGCGUCAACGUGGAUUCUCACACGUUAAAGAUUGGGAGUCGUUGACAUUCCUUUUGCCUACUGAGUACAAAAAAAUUUUGUACGAUGUACCAGAAGUUUCAAAGCACAUCAAUAUUAAUGAAGAAACGAAAAAGCCUCUGUUUUGUUUAUCUCCUCCAAUGCGUCAUAAAACUCGUACCAUAAGUGAAAUCAUACCAAAUACUUCAUCUUCUACUAGUAGCACAGCAACGCAACCAUCCUCUGGAUAUCGAGGAUCUUCUACGAUAUUAACUGAUUCUUCAACAAAUCAACAAACGUUAAAUAACGCAACCAAUCCAUUGUACCUUUACCGUUAUGAUAGUAUUAGUUCCGAGGCCAGUUUAGUAAGUAACGAUAAAAAAAUGCAUAGGCAAAUUAGUAAAACAAAAACAACCUGUCCGUGUCUCCCGAAACGAUCGAUCUCAUUACCACACGGAGAUCGUGAGUCCGAAUUUUCUAAUGGAAAAGUGCCACCAAGACCACCUUUACCCAGAAGUAUUUUAAGAAAAAGCAAGGUUCCUGCAAGUAAAAGAUAUAGCAUGUUUGAAAUGGGAGAUGUAGAAGAAAUAGAGGAUCAAUCGCCUGAAACAAAUAAAAGAAAGUCUUUACAAGAGCCAUAUUAUAUGAAUAACGAUUUACAAUUAACGUGUCGUGGAAGAAUUGUUGAUUCAGAAAAAGAUGUUGACGAGACAGAGGAAAGAUAUCAUACAGAAAGGGUAAAUGAAACAACUACAACAGAUAUGGAGACUGAAAAUUCUGAAAAUAGUGAAGAUGAUGUAAAACAAUUGGAAGAAUUUUUGAAACGUAGCGGUUUCUCAUCAAGUAGUGAUGGAGAUGUAGAAGAUCCCGACGUUAAAUUAAGAUCAUAUGUAAGAAAGUUUUUAGCUCUCAGGAUGAAUAAAGAUGUUACCAAAGCUACUGAUAUGAUGGAUAUGAUAGAAUCGCAGAAAAAGACUGUCAGUUUUGCCGUAAACCAAAGGAAAAAAUACUUAGACAAUAAGACUAAUAAUUUAAAUGUAGUUGCAAAUGAAUCAAGUAAAGAAGUUGCACUUACAGAAGAAAAAAAGGAGGUGAUUCCUGAUAAUAAAUCAUUGGAUUUAGAUGAGAAGAGAAAAAUGAUAUUAUCUGUAAAUAAAGCAGUAGAUUUAUUAUUGAAAUACUGGAAUAGUGAAUCAACUCAUGGUAGACAAAAUUACAAUGAUAAAAAUGAAUGUGCUCAAAUCUGUGUUAGUAAUUUGUGCCCAGCUUUGUAUGCCAUUAUGUCAGAUGGAUUGAAGCCACACUUAAAUUCUACAUUUGGACCAAUAACGAAUAGUGUUUGGCAAGUGGUUGAAGCAUCCUCUCAACAAGGUCCAGUUACUAAAACAUUAAACGAAUUAGUACAAAAAAUUAAUGGUGAAGAUGUUAUUACCGAAGGAAUGCUAAAGUUUCAUGCAUUUGUAUUUGGUUUGUUAAACUUAAGAGCUUUGGAUGCGUGGUUUGUAUAUUUAUGUACGAGAGAAUCUAUCCUAAGAAAACAUUACAAUAGCAACAGUUUAUUCGUGGCAGCUUUAUCAAAUCCAAAUGCACGAGAAGUUGUUGAUACUCUAUUAUAUAUUCUAGAUCCCCUUGCAUUUUGCCCAUUUCAGCUUGAUCUUCUAUAUCAGUAUCGUCAACUUCACAACAGUUUUGGCAAUUUAAAUAAUCAUACUAUAAAUGCUGUAAACUUUAGGAAUGUCGAUCUUACCACAAAGGAACAUCAUUUCGAUAAAACGGAUACUUGUGCAAUGGUUUCUAGUCCAAGAAAAGUACGUCCCAGAUCGUGUGUUGCUUAUAGCAAUUAUGAUGAUAAACCUAGCGGUAUUCAUAAAUCAGAUAUGGAAACCGUGAAGAAACGUUUAAGUAAUCCUAUAGGUUCAAAAGUAUUUCGUGCUCUGGAUAAACUGGCUUCCGAAGAUUCUGAAGAUUACACUGAUAGUUUAGAACAUUCACCGUUGAAUAGAGCAUCGAAUAAACAACCUGUACCUAGAAAAUCUCAUAGUCCGGAAAAUAAAAUGAAUGAUGAAGACAAUAUGUCGGGAGAAGAGAAAUUUAGGAAACUUCAAGAAAAAUGGGAAUUGAUGGUUGGAAAAGAAGAUGCAAAGAAUCAACCAGUAGUCUCAACACCCUUAUCACCUACACGAACACCUACGAGUGUAGGAAAAUCUAAGAUACCUAGGCUUCUUACUUCGCCGGUAAAACAGUCAAAUACGAUAGCAGGACCUGCCAAGAAUACGAAAUCUCCUGUCUCGGGAAUACCAUCUUUGAAGAAACCUGUUAUACUUUCUACAACAAAAACUACACCAAAAAAACCAAUAGAAGUAAGAAGCAAAGACGUAACAAGGCGUACUAGUAGAGUGGAUCAGGAGGUUGUAGGAACAACGCGAACUCACUUAGCGCGACCUAGUUCUUUACCAUAUAAGUCUUAUGGACUAAUGUCUAAAGACAAAAAUUUAAUAUCUCCUCAAAGACGAGCGGCGUCUACGUCUUUACCAAGACCAACUGCUACUAGUACUGCAAGAAAUCCUCCUACAAAAAAACCACUUAAAGAAGUUCGCACACUUACGCAUAGGGUCUCAUCAUAUAAUGGGCAUCUUGCAUUUGGAGAAGGUGAGAAGCUGAAAGUAAUUCUAGAAGUAGAUAGUAAGUGGUUGUUAUGUGCGAGAGGUGAUCGAAAAGGUCUGGUUCCGCGGAUGUGCGUGCAUAAUAUUCAGACUUAGCCCCACAUUAAAUGUCAGUAAAUAGAAAUUAUUUAAGUGGAACAAAGUUAUAAGACUUCAACGCUAUGAAGAUAUUGAAUGAAAUGAAGAAAAAUGUGUACAGUGUAUUAAAG